AAGCAGCUAUAUGAGCUUUUGGGACUGCAAAAACCAACAUGAACUCUCGUCCGCCAUCUGCACCUAGUUACAGAUUUACAUCAUCCAACGCAAGGGAAGAAUACACCGCUAGGCCUUGCAUAUCGAGCUCACCACCACCUUCUGCAGAUGGGGACAAUGAGAAAUAUGCAGCCCCGGCCGCUGAACCGCUAUCUUGCAUCUCAUCCAACAACAAGGUGCCCUCUAGUGAUACAUCUGAAGACGCGUUGCUACCACCAGCCUCUCAACGCAUUCAGGUGGCCGUCCGAGUGAGACCUAUGCCCACAUAUAGACCAUCCCACCCAUCUCGGCAAGCAAGCAGAUGUCGAACUCCUCUUCUACCACCAACUCCUCUACCAUUCCGUCGGCCAUCUAUUCCAGACACUCUCCCACGUACACCAUCCAUUCGCUCCCUCUCUGUUUCUUCAGCUCAGACGAAUAUAUUGAAACCUUUACGCGGCGUCCCACCCUUACCAGCUGGAGAAAAUUGCAUAACAAUAAGCCCAUCAGCCCCAGAUUCAAUCUGUAUAUCGGAUCCUACAGGACGCCGGGGUCAGAAGGAGUUUGCAUUCGAUGCAGUGUUUGCAGAAGACGAUUCUACUGCUCAAGUUUAUGAUCAGAUGGUCAAGGGAGUGGUUCGCAAAUGCUUGAAAGGAUACAAUGGUUGCGUCUUCGCCUAUGGCCAAACUGCAUCUGGGAAAACCUUCACCAUGGAAGGAUACAAGCCGACGUCUUUUGAUGCACCGCCAACGGACCCAGCAGACCGCGGCAUUAUUCUGCGCGUAGCUGCUGACCUGGUAGACCAUAUCCAGCGCGUCACGGCAUCCGAAGCUAGGGGAGAGUCAGAGCAUGUCACACUGUUCAGUGUCAAAGCUAGCUAUGUAGAGAUCUACCAAGAGACGCUUACGGAUUUGCUAUGUGAUAAAGAGGCGCAAGCCGACCUACGCAUUCGGAUGGACCCCGAUUCACUGUCCGGCAAGGAGUUGUACAUUCAAGGAUUGACACAACGAGAAGUCGUUGAUUUGGAGGAUUAUGUACGAGUUGUGCAAGCAGGCGCCAGGCGGAGGACGAUCGGCGAAACCAACAUGAACGAUGUAUCCUCUCGUUCCCACGCCGUUCUCACGUUCACUAUUGAACAGAUACAAAGGCGGCGAGGAGUAUCAGAAGCAGACGAACUCGGUACGCGAAAGAGGAGUAAGAUCCAUCUGGUUGAUCUGGCAGGAUCCGAACGAGUGACCAGCACGGGCGCAACAGGAACCCGACUUAAAGAAGGUGGCAGUAUCAACCAAUCCCUUCUCGCCCUUGGGAAUGUUAUCAGCGCCCUGUCCUCCCAGACGCGGACGCCCACACAGCACGUUUCUUACCGUGACAGCAAGCUCACGUAUCUCCUCUCCGAUAGUCUGGGCGGGAAUGCAUUGACGGUCAUGAUUGCCUGUGCCACACCUGCUGGCAGUUGCUAUGAAGAGACCAUGGGAACAUUGCGGUUCGCUGAGCGAGCCAAAAAAGUCGCAUUGAGGGCGAGGGUUAAUAUUGAUCUGCAAUCUCGACGGAUCCUAUCCCUAGAAUCUGAAAUAGCCCAUCUCCGUCAAUUACUUGCAUCAUCAUCAAGAAUGCUGCCACAAACCCAAGACGCAUCGACUCUGACUCUAGUAUCCGACGUGACCCAACGAGUAUCCAAAUGGAAAGCCUUUAGAGCUUCCGUCAGCAAACGCUGGAAAAAGCUGGCUUGGAGAGCUAAAAGAGGUCUGACAAAAAGAGGACAGAUCGGUGUUGAAGAUAUUACGUCCGUCGCAUGACCGCUUAUGGAAUUGUAGCUCUCAUACUUUUAUACAACAUUCUGU